GACAACGAAAAGAAACAGCUUUAUAACUUACAGUGCAUUCACUUUCACUUUCUGAUCUGCAUAUUCCAAUUACAUUCUCUCUCCCUACACACAUAAACACACACACAUAUAUAUAUAGCCCUAAUCUUGCUAUUAAUGUCGGGCACAAUCUAUCUUUUAAACCCUGAUUUCAGUCACACAAGGUUCUUCAAACAUUUAACUCAAAUGGUCGAUUAAAUUCUUGAAUUGAGUUGGAUCCGAUCUCCAUUGAAUCAAAACAGUUGAAUUUCCGUAACAAUGUCUUGGGGAUUGGGUUGGAAGCGACCAUCAGAGAUCUUCCAUUUGGCGUUAGACUAUGGUACCGAAGAACCUGUUGCGGAUCGUAGUCCUCUGUCAACGUCGUCGUCAUCAUCGACAUCGUCGUUGCAAAAUGAUGAGCUAGGGUUCAGAAUUGAUCUGGAUUGGACUGCCGGUGAUGACGAAGAUCAGGUGGCGCUGAGGUUGCAAUCGCAGCUGAUGGUGGCUUUGCCUUUGCCGCAGGACACCGUUGUUCUUGAAUUGAAAUCCUCGGAGGAAGAUGAGGGCAAUGUCGGUGUGGAUAUGAAGGUUAUAAAGCGGAGAGAGCCGCUUCGUGCUGUGACGAUGUCGAGGGCCGGCGGCGCAGGGCAGCAGAUGGAUGGAAUUGGGGUUCUCACGAGGCUGUUGAAGUCAAAUUUCGGGACAUCGGUCUCGGGUGUUGGGGAUGGGGUGAUGGGUUAUGCGGAUCAUUGGAAGAGCGUCAGUGUGUUCAGCCUCUGUAGUUGUGGCUUGUCGGUAUUGCCAGUAGAGUUAACUCAAUUGCCACUUCUUGAGAAGCUAUACCUUGAUAACAACAAGUUAUCUAUUUUGCCAUCUGAGCUCGGUGAGCUGAAAAACUUGAAAGUUCUGACGGUUGACUACAACAUGCUGGUUUCAGUGCCCGUUGAACUGAGGCAGUGUGUUGGACUGGUGGAAUUGUCACUGGAACACAACAAGCUGGUCCGGCCUCUUCUAGAUUUCAGGGCUAUGUCUGAGUUACGUGUUCUUAGGCUGUUCGGUAAUCCCCUUGAAUUCCUUCCUGAUAUUUUACCGCUACACAAACUUCGUCACUUGUCUCUUGCAAACAUUAGGAUUGUGGCUGAUGAAAAUCUUCGGUCGGUAAAUGUGCAAAUAGAGAUGGAGAACAGUUCUUAUUUUGGUGCUGCUCGACACAAAAUGAGUGCCUUUUUCUCUCUGAUAUUUCGCUUCUCUUCUUGUCAUCACCCUUUGCUAGCAUCUACCCUGGCAAAGAUAAUGGAAGACCAAGAAAACCGGGUAGUUGUUGGUAAAGACGAGAAUGCUGUGCGGCAGCUCAUAAGUAUGAUAAGUAGUGACAACCGUCAUGUGGUUGAACAAGCAUGCUCUGCUCUUUCAUCUCUUGCUUCAGAUGUUUCUGUGGCAAUGCAGUUGAUGAAAUGCGACAUCAUGAAACCCAUUGAAAGAGUAUUGAAAUCUGUUGCCUUGGAAGAAUUAAUUUCUGUGUUGCAAGUUGUGGUCAACUUGGCUUUUGCAUCUGAUAGUGCGGCUCAAAAGAUGUUGACCAAGGAUGUAUUGAAAUCAUUGAAAAUGUUAUGUCCUCAUAAAAACCCGGAGGUACAAAGGUUAGCUUUAUUAGCAGUUGGAAAUUUAGCCUUUUGCUUGGAGAACCGCCGUAUUCUUGUUACUUCUGAAAGUUUGCGAGAACUUCUUAUGCGCUUGACACUUGCAUCUGAGCCACGCGUAAAUAAAGCUGCAGCUCGUGCUUUGGCAAUUCUUGGGGAGAAUGAGAAUCUGCGGCGUGCUAUUAGAGGGAGACCGGUUCCAAAGCAAGGAUUACGCAUACUUUCGAUGGAUGGAGGUGGCAUGAAAGGUCUGGCAACUGUGCAGAUUUUAAAAGAAAUCGAGAAGGGAACUGGGAAGCAAAUACAUGAGAUGUUUGACCUUAUCUGCGGCACUUCAACGGGUGGUAUGCUUGCUGUUGCUCUUGGAAUCAAAUUAAUGUCGUUGGAAAAGUGUGAAGAGAUAUACAAGAAACUUGGGAAACUUGUCUUUGCUGAACCUGUGCCGAAGGACAAUGAAGCAGCUACAUGGAGAGAAAAGUUUGAUCAGAUUUACAAAAGCUCGUCACAGAGUUUCAGAGUUGUUGUACAUGGAUCUAAACAUAGUGCAGAUCAGUUUGAAAGGUUGUUGAAGGAAAUGUGCGCUGAUGAGGAUGGAGACCUUUUAAUAGAGUCAGCAGCGAAAAGUGUUCCCAAGGUUUUUGUAGUGUCAACUCUGGUCAGCGUGGUGCCAGCCCAACCUUUUAUAUUCCGCAAUUACCAGUACCCUGCUGGCACACCAGAGAUGCCUUUUCCAAUUUCAGAAAGUUUAUCAACUAGUGGGGUAGGAACAGCUACAACCGGUGCUCAAGUUGGAUAUAAACGCAGUGCUUUUAUUGGAAGUUGUAAGCAUCAUAUAUGGCAAGCUAUAAGAGCAUCAUCUGCCGCUCCAUAUUAUCUUGAUGACUUUUCUGAAGACGUAUAUCGCUGGCAAGAUGGUGCUAUUGUGGCUAAUAAUCCGACUAUUUUUGCUAUACGAGAAGCACAACUUUUGUGGCCAGAUACAAGAAUCGAUUGUUUAGUUUCCAUUGGAUGCGGUUCAGUACCAACAAAGGUUCGGAAGGGCGGAUGGCGUUAUUUGGAUACUGGGCAAGUGUUGAUUGAGAGUGCAUGCUCAGUGGAUCGAGUGGAGGAAGCUUUGAGCACAUUGCUUCCUAUGCUUCCAGAUAUACAAUACUAUCGGUUCAAUCCAGUUGAUGAACGUUGUGAUAUGGAGUUAGAUGAGACUGAUCCCAUAGUCUGGCAGAAGUUAGAGGUUGCAACAGAGGAGUACAUCCAAAUCAACUCACUGGCCUUUAAGAAUAUGUGUGAAAAAUUGCUUCAGUACCAGCAAGAUGAGAAGCUGUCAGACAAUUUUAAAUCUCAAAAUUUCCCCAAAGGAAAGGCUUUAAAUUCUGACGGGAACAGCCCCUCUUUAGGUUGGAGACGUAACGUGCUACUUGUGGAAGCUUCUCAUAGUUCUGAUUCGGGAAGAGUUUUCCAUCAUGCUCGAUCACUUGAGACAUAUUGUGCUAGUAAUGGAAUAAGAUUAUCUCUUGUGAAUGGGAUAUAUGGAACCUUAAAGGCAGUACCAGGAACAACAUUUCCAACACCUUUUACUUCGCCUCUGUUCACUGGAAGCUUUCCAUCAAGCCCACUUCUAUAUAGUCCUGAUGUUGGACCUCAGAGGUUGGGUCGAAUUGAUUUAGUCCCACCUUUAAGCUUGGAUGGAUUUCAAUCUGGAAAAACAGCUGCUUCACCACCCGAGUCUCCUAAAGGACCGAAGCAGCUCUCUUUGCCAGUCCGAUCAUUGCACGAGAAAUUACAGAAUUCACCACAGGUUGGAAUUAUUCAUUUGGCUCUCCAAAAUGACACAUGUGGCUCAAUACUAAGUUGGCAGAAUGAUGUAUUUGUGGUUGCUGAACCUGGAGAACUUGCAGAUAAGUUUCUUCAGAGUGUUAAAUUUAGCUUGCUGUCAAUGAUGCGGGGCCGGCGCAGGAAGGAUGCAUCUACCAUUUCCAACAUUUCGACUGUUUCUGAUCUGGUUGCAUUUACUCCAUAUUUUCAAAUCGGAUGUAUUGUCCACCGGUAUAUAGGUCGUCAAACUCAAGUUAUGGAAGAUGACCAAGAAAUUGGGGCAUAUAUGUUUCGUAGAACAGUCCCUUCUAUGCACUUAACUCCCGAUGAUGUUCGCUGGAUGGCUGGAGCUUGGAGGGACAGGAUCAUAGUUUGCACGGGUACAUGUGGGCCUACUCCAUCUCUAAUUAAGGCCUUCCUAGACUCCGGUGCCAAAGCUGUUAUAUGUUCUUCAGUUGAGCCCCAAGAAACGCCGUUGACAACAUUCAAUGUAUCAGGUGAGUCUAGUGCUUUGGAGAAUGGGAAGUUUGAGAUUGGAGAGGAUGAAGUAGAAGAUGAAGAGGAAGAGCCUGCCAGUCCAGGGAGCGAUUGGGAAGACAGUGAGCCCGAGAGAAGCGUGGAGCGGUCAACGCGGUUUUGGGAUGCUGAUGAGGAGGAACUGUCUCAGUUUAUCUGUCAAUUAUAUGAUUCAUUGUUUCGAGAAGGUGCGAAAGUCGAUGUUGCCCUACAACAUGCUCUUGCCUCACAUCGGAAGUUGAGGUAUUCGUGCCAUCUCCCUGGUAUACCAUAGUUUGUUCAAAAUGUAUACAGAAAUGAAAAUCAAAACCACAAGAAGAAAAAAAAAAAACAGGAAAAAGAAGAGAAAAUAAUAUAGAUUCAUGAGUAAAAUAAUUGAUACAAUAAGAGGGAACAUUCAAUUUUGAGGCUUGGGAAUCAACAUGUCUGUUAUAAUAAAUGUCUUUAGUUCGUUGCA